UCUCGGUUUUAACCAUAUCUCUUGUACAUCCCAGCAUCCAAUCGGCGUCUCUGAUCAAACGCCUAGUUUAUCCCAGACCUCUCACUCAUCUCCUCGCUGGCCGCCGCGAGCGAGCCAGAAAGAGAAAGCGCGAGAGAUGGCGGGCGUCGCAGGCGUUGGGUUCUCCUGUACUUGGAGCCGUUCUCUCGUCCCGCCUUCGAAGCCCUCGCGCUCGGCCUGCCGCGCCUCCUCCGUGGCCGUGAGGAAUGCCGUCUCCGUGGAGAGGAAGAGCUAUACGCUCCAGAAAUCCGAGGAGAUCUUCAACGCCGCCAAGGAAUUGAUGCCUGGAGGUGUAAAUUCACCUGUUCGUGCCUUCAAAUCAGUUGGUGGACAGCCCAUAGUUUUUGAUUCUGUUAAGGGUUCUCACAUGUGGGAUGUUGAUGGUAAUGAGUACAUCGAUUAUGUUGGUUCAUGGGGCCCUGCUAUAAUUGGUCAUGCAGAUGACAAGGUGAAUGCUGCACUUAUUGAAACGCUGAAGAAAGGCACAAGCUUUGGUGCUCCCUGUGUGUUAGAGAAUGAGCUGGCAAAGAUGGUGAUCUCAGCUGUGCCAAGCAUUGAGAUGGUCCGCUUUGUUAACUCUGGAACUGAAGCUUGCAUGGGUGCACUCCGCCUUGCCCGUGCAUUCACUAGCCGAGAAAAAAUCAUCAAAUUUGAAGGCUGCUACCAUGGCCAUGCUGACCCUUUCCUUGUAAAGGCAGGCAGUGGGGUUGCCACUCUUGGCCUUCCUGACUCCCCUGGCGUCCCGAAAGGUGCCACCUCGCACACUCUAACCUCCCCGUAUAACGACAUUGAUACCAUAAAGCACCUCUUCAGCACCCACAAAGGCGAGAUUGCUGCUGUCAUCCUUGAACCAGUUGUUGGAAAUGCUGGCUUCAUUGCACCAAAACCUGAAUUCCUGGAUGCCCUCCGUGAGAUUACAAAAGAAGAAGGUGUUCUUCUAAUCUUUGAUGAGGUGAUGACUGGGUUCCGUCUAGCCUUUGGUGGAGCUCAAGAGUAUUUUGGCAUUACUCCUGAUUUGACUACAUUGGGAAAAAUAAUUGGUGGUGGCCUUCCUGUUGGUGCUUAUGGUGGGAGGAGGGAUAUUAUGGAGAUGGUGGCUCCGGCAGGGCCAAUGUACCAGGCAGGGACCUUGAGUGGGAACCCUUUGGCUAUGACUGCUGGAAUUCACACUCUCAGGCAGUUAAUGGAGCCUGGAUGUUAUGACUACUUGGAUAAGAUAACCGGCGAGCUUGUUCGUGGGAUUCUGGAUGCUGGGAAGAGAGCCGGACAUGAGAUGUCGGGUGGAUAUAUCCGUGGAAUGUUUGGGUUCUUCUUCACAGAAGGACCAGUCCACAAUUUUGAGGAUGCAAAAAGGAGUGAUACUGCAAAAUUUGCAAGGUUUUACAAGGGGAUGUUGGAGGAAGGUGUAUAUUUUGCUCCCUCACAGUUUGAGGCAGGGUUUACAAGUUUAGCGCAUAGUUCUAAAGACAUUGAGCAAACAGUCGAGGCAGCUGAGAAGGUACUCCAACGGAUUUAAUAAUUGCAGCUGGCUGCCGACCUUUUAGGUUUGCUUUAUUCUAUUUCUUUGCUUUUCUUUUCAUCUUUUUACUUUUUGUUGCUGAUUUUUGUAUGUGUAAGGGUUCCCAUGUUCAAGGUUUUUCUUGGUUGGAAGGGGAACCACUGCUGUUAAAUUAUAGUCUUGAGGACUACUAUAUCGAUUGUGAAGUUCAUUUUAUCUUCUUGCAAUUUUAUGAUAUGAAAUAUAAAUUCCUAGCUUGAUUCACUUUUUUUUUU